AUGUUGAGGUGGAAGAUGGGAUUGAGCAAAAGAUCCAACAGAGCCAACAUUAUCUUAAUGUGGCCUGUCAGCCACACUCCACCAGAGGUGUUGACCAGUCCACCAGAGGUGUUGACCAGUCCACCAGAGGUGGUGACCAGUCCACCAGAGGUGGUGACCAGUCCACCAGAGGAAGUGACUAGUCCGCCAGAGGAAGUGACUAGUCCACCAGAGGAGGUGACCAGUCCACCAGAGGAGGUGACCAGUCCGCGAGAGGUGGUGACCAGUCCACCAGAGGAGGUGACCAGUCCACCAGAGGAGGUGACCAGUCCACCAGAGGAGGUGACCAGUCCACCAGAGGAGGUGACCAGUCCACCAGAGGAGGUGACCAGUCCAUCAGAGGAGGUGACCAGUCCACCAGAGGAGGUGACCAGUCCACCAGAGGAGGUGACCAGUCCACCAGAGGAGGUGACCAGUCCAUCAGAGGAGGUGACCAGUCUACCAGAGGAGGUGACCAGUCCGCGAGAUAUGGUGACCAGUCCAUCAGAGGAGCUGACCAGUCCGCGAGAGGUGGUGACCAGUCCAUCAGAGGUGGUGACCAGUCCACUAGAGGUGGUGACCAGUCCACUAGAGGUGGUGACCAGUCCGCGAGAUGUGGUGACCAGUCCACCAGAGGUGGUGACCAGUCCGCGAGAGGUGGUGACCAGUCCGCGAGAGGUGGUGACCAGUUCGCGAGAGGUGGUGACAAGUCCAUCAGAGGUGGUGACCAGUCCAUCAGAGGUGGUGACCAGUCCACGAGAGGUGGUGACCAGGCCAUCAGAGAAGGUGACCAGUCCAUCAGAGGAGGUGACCAGUCCAUCAGAGGUGGUGACCAGUCCACCAGUGGUGGUGACCAGUCCAUCAGAGGUGGUGACCAGUCCACCAGUGGUGGUGAACAGUCCAUCAGAGGUGGUGAACAGUCCAUCAGAGGUGGUGACCAGUCCAUCAGAGGUGGUGACCAGUCCAUCAGAGGUGGUGACCAGUCCACCAGAGGUGGUGACCAGUCCACCAGAGGAGGUGACCAGUCCACCAGAGGAGGUGACCAGUCCACCAGAGGAGGUAACCGGUCCACCAGAGGAGGUGACCGGUCCAUCGGAGGAGGUGACCAGUCCAUCGGAGGAGGUGACCAGUCCAUCGGAGGAGGUGACCAGUCCAUCAGAGGUGGUGGCCAGUCUAUCAGAGGUCGUGGCCAGUCUACGAGAGGUGGUGACCAGUUCGCCAGAGAUUGGGACCUGUGCACCAGAGUUCCUGACCAGUGCUUCAGAGAUAAGUCGGCCAGAAAUGAGUACCAGUGCUCCAAAGGUUGUGAUCAGUCCGCCAGAGGCGUUGGCCAGUGAGUCAGAGCCAAUCAACCAACCACAGACGGACAAUAAACCACAGACAGAAAAUCAGUCAAAGGCAGACAGUCAACCAGAGGCAGACAAUCAUCCAGAGGCAGACAGUCGGACUGAGGCAGACAAUCAGACUAAGGUACAUAGUCAGCCAGAGGCAGACAAUCAACAAGAGAGAUAUCAUGACCAGCAGGCGGCCAGAGAAAAUGCCCCCAGUUGUCAGACUGGGAAGACCUGGGUUCAGUUUGAUUUCAACGUGCCCACGGAACUGGGUGGCCGAUUCGUCGGCAAAAAGGGCAAGAAAAUCAAACGCAUCUUAAAAAAAACUGGAGCAACGGUGGUCUUGGUCACCAACUUCGUCGAGAAGGAAUAUCAGGUCUGCCAGGUUGUUGGCAGCAAGGAUGAAGUCGAUAAAGCUCUGGCCCUUAUCCGACAAUGGUUUCCUCUUAAACACUACCCCCAUUUUACUAUGGAACCAGUCGACCAGUACAAGCCUAUUGUGUAUCAGCUGGAGCCAGUCCUGAGUGCAGGGUUCCUACAGAUGUCCCUGCCCAGAGGUGUUACGCUGGACGUGUAUGUGUCCGCUGUGGUUGACGCUGGCCAUGUGUUUGUUCAGCAGCCUAGUCACCCAAUUUACAUAACUCUGUUUGAUCUGAAUGAGUUGCUCCAGCUUGAAUAUGGUCAAGAGCCUGACAUUCCAUGUUUACCUCGGCCUGUUAAAGCGAAGGUCAUGUGUGUGUGUGAAAAGAAUGGCCACUGGUACCGGGCGAUGGUAAUGACUCCUGAGAACCAAUAUGGAGAUGUGUAUGUGAAAUUUGUUGACUACGGAGGAUACGCUGUGAAGUCAGUGAAAUCCCUUAAAAAAGUCAGACAUGAUAUCACAUUUGUUCCCAUGCAUGCAGUGGAGUGCCGCAUGGCUAAUAUUGUCCCCAACCAAAAUGAGCAGUUCUUCAGCCAGGCAGCCAAUGAGGCCUUGACCCAGAUGUGCCUGGGUAAAAUGUUACAGUGUCAAGUGGUUCAGGAGGUAGAUGACACUCCCAGCAUAUACCUGUAUGCUGUAGAUUGGAUAAACAAAAGUGCUACGAUGAUUAACAAGGCUCUGGCAGACACACAGCUGGUACAGUGGAUUUGA